AUGGAAUUUCAGGAGGAUUGGAUGAGUGACGAUGCGCCGGAUGACAAUGAGACGGAGUUGCCGUCGCCCGAGGACUCGGAGGCAGCUGCAUCUGUAUAUGUUACACUUCAUCGAGUAAGACGUCUAGUCCUCGCAAGUAUCGACGAUCCAUACACGCUCGACCACUUCCGCCAACCGAAUCUCAAUGCCCUCAUUGUAAGACCAUUAGUCGACAGGCUAUACGAAACGGGAAACAUCUCAGUCGUAUACUGCCUCCUCGCCAACCGCGUCUGGUUCCUCAAGUCUCAGUCCGGCCUCGCAACACAAAGCGUCAACCGAGCCCGCGCCACUCUCUGCGAACUGGUAGCAACCCGCGUAAUUCGCCGGUUCCACGAAGACAACCCCGGCAACGAAGGUCUAUUGCUGCUUGCCCGCAUCCUAGUCGAGGGCUUCGAUCCCUUCCAGGGCGCUCCGUCGGAAGUCGAGCGCGAGGGACGCUACCUACAAUGGCCGAUUCAAGAACGCGGUGGCCACGAAAGGAAACUGACGGCUCUCGAACUGGCCAUCCUCUCUGAAAGCAAGGCGUUUAUCAGCUCGGCUGCGUGUCAACGACUCGUCGAGGCAGUUCACCGAGGGAAGAUCGUCUACACACCACUAUCAUUCAUGGACAUCUUGCCCGAUCACUACAAACACCGGCCAAUCCAGCUCUACGACCCGCGGGAAUCACGGAUCCUCAACCACCGGCGUCUCAUCGUCCCACGUAUCAGGGCUCUCAUCGAAACAGUACAGUUCAUGGUCCUGGUCCUGCUGUACGUCAUGACCAUGACGAACCAACAAGCCUCGUUCAACCAGUGGGAACUCGCAUUCGCAGUCUACACAGCAGGAUGGGUGCUCCAGGAGUUCGCGUCCGUCAUCGAACACGGCUGGGAGCUACACACCCAGAGCCUCUGGUCCUUCUUGGACGUCACCUUUGUGGCUAUAUACUGCGCCUACGUAUUCACAAGGGUGUACGACCUCUUUGCCGGCCACCUACCAAACGGAUACGGCCUGCAUAUCCUCUGCAUCGCCGCACCAAUACUACUCACCCGAAUUGCAUUCAACCUCAUGCCCCAUAACAUCGUCUUCAUCUCCCUCCACGCCAUGAUGAAGGACUUUACACUCCUCACAUUCCUCGCUGUGUGGUGCUUUCUCGGCUUUCUCCUCGCCCUCCUCUGGCUCUACGACAUCGAUCAGUCCAACAGGGGCACGCCGCCGCCGUCAUGGCCAACAGUCGGUAAAUGGCUGCUAUGGAUAUGGUUCGGCCUCGACGGCACCGGCAUAGCAGAGUCCGUACGCUUCAACAUUGUUCUUGGCCCAGCCCUCAUGAUUGCAUUCGCCUUCCUCGGCAAUACCCUCUUCCUGACCAUCCUCGUCGCCAUCCUCACAAACACCUUCUCCAACAUUGUCGCCAACGAAGCAGCGGAGAUUCGUUUCCGCCGCACAGUCCUCACCUUUGAAGGCGUAAAAAGCGACUCCAUAUUCGCGUACCCCCCUCCGUUCAACCUCCUCGCCCUCGUCACCAUCCUGCCCUCCAAGUUCCUCGUGUCUCCUCGCUUCUUCCACACCCUCAACGUGGCCAUGAUACGGGUCCUCAACGGCCCUCUCCUAGUGGCAAUUAGUAUAUUUGAGCGUCGACGCCCCUGGGCUGCGGAGAAUAAGCGGAAGCGCGGGGGUAUUGGAAUGUUCAGGUGGCAUUUUACGGGGUUUUCGCCACACGGGGAUAUACACGCUGUUUUUGAUGCGCCGCUGCCGGAUGAGGUUUCGACGAGGAUUGACUUGUUGGAUCCGGUGGAUGAUGUGCCUGUUUUGGAGGACGAUGUCAUGUCGACUUUGUCGGGGGAUGUGUCGCGGUCGAGGUUGAGGAGGCCGACUUUGUGGAGGGGGAGGAGGGAGUAUCCGCGGGCGAGACCGAGGAGGAGGUCACCUCUGAGGUUUCAGGUGUAA